AUGAAUGAUAUUCGACAAGAAGUUGUUUGGGCUGCUUUUAAUAAAGCAUAUUCAUUAUCAGAUCCCACUAUAAAUGAUUUGGAUAAACAAUUUGAAUUUAGAAAAAAAAUUGCUCUUGCUGAUGAAUCUCUUACAGAGGAUGAAAAAUCAGUAAUAAUAAAAUUAUUUAAUGAAGAAUAUGAUACUCGUAAAAUUAUAGAUAAUAAAGGAACAAAAAGAAUUUGUGAAAAUUGUCAAAAUGAAUGUUUAGCAACAUUACGUUGUGAACAUUGUAUUCGAAAUUAUUUAAAAGAAGAUUUUUCAAACUGGACAUCUGGAAAUAAUGAUAUUGAUAAUUUAAUACAAAAAUGUCAAAUGGAAACAUUUCAACCGGAUAGAAUACUUGAAUGGAUUCCAUAUAAUAAUUUACAAAAUGUUAAAUAUUUAACUAAAGAAUAUUUUGAAUGGGAUUCUGAAGAAAAGCAAUUAACAAGAUAUGGAGACCAAUAUGUAAUACUUAAAGAGUUAGAGAAUGUCAAAAGUACUAAUGAAAGUUGGUUUGAAGAGCAAAGCUCAUUUAACUAUAAUAACAAAUGGGCAGAUUUAGUACAAUGUUAUGGUUUAACGAAAAAUUCAUCAAGUGGAAAUUAUAUGCUUGUAAUGAAUAAAAUGGAAAUGGAUUUAAGAACAUAUCUAAAGCAAAAUGGGAUUUACAGCGUUCAUGGUGAAAAUGUAAUUCAUAGAGAUUUGCAUUCUGGAAAUAUAUUGUAUGAUAAAAUUAGCCAAACUUUCUAUAUUAGUGAUCUUGGAUUUUGUGGACCUGUUGAUAAACCACUAAAUAGUGUAUAUGGAAAUCUUCCUUAUAUAGCACCAGAAGUAAUUAUUGGAAAAAAAGGCACUUAUGUAUCUGAUAUUUAUAGUAUUGGUAUACUUAUGUGGGAAAUUUCAUCUGGACAACUACCUUUUAUUAAUUAUGAGCAUAAUUAUGACCUUGCAAUGAAAAUAAUAAACGGAAUGAGACCAAAAAUAGUACCAGGAACUCCUUUAGAAUAUAAGAAAUUAAUGGAACAGUGUUGGGAUGCUGAUUCAACAAAGAGACCUAAUGCUUGUACAUUAAGAAUAGAAGUACACAAGUUAUUAUUAAAAUUUCAAAACUAUCAAGAUGAUAGCCAAAAACAAAUAAUUUCCGAUCAACUUCAGCAAUUAAGUAAUUCAACUGAUCAAACGAACAUAAAUUAUACUAGUAAAAUUUAUCAAUUUGAAAAUUUUCCUGAACCAAAAAAUGCAACAGAAGAAGAACAAGAAGCAUUCCAAAGUAAACCUUAUAGUUUGAACAUUCCUAAUAAUGUUGAUGUAAAUAAUGAGAAAAAUGGUAACACAGAAUCAAGUAAAUAUAAAGAAAUCAAUUCAAAUUAUAUUAUGCAAGAUGAUCAUAAAAAACAACAAACAAAAAAGCAUAGUUUGGAUAUAAAUGAUGAUGAUGAAAAGCAAGAUGAAUUAAAAAUUUCUGAUAAUGUAUCUAAAAAAAUUAAGACAUCUUAA